AAACCUUGAUGAUCAGACAUCGUCUCUGCCCCUAAAAAAACAAAAGGCACUGUUACAGUGUUUAGUGGAAAACUUCUUCGCUGUUCCUUUCUGGCGGGAAGAGCAACCCUACAGACCAGAGACAAAAGAACAGAACAAUCUCGAAUCCCUAGAAACCCUAUAAUCAAGCUUUACUCCAUUUGCUUGGGUAAUCCGCUCAUCCGAAGAGUGUUGAUGCCAUGUACUGGUUGGCCACCCGGAACGUCGUCGUUUCAUUCCCCAAAUGGCGCUCCCUUGCCUUCCUGCUUCGCCGCCCUGCGAGCAGAUACUGUUCCUUUACCCCCUCGCCGCUUCAAUUACAGUUGGAGAGGAUCCGUUGUUUCAGGGACCAUAAGGUUUUGAAAGAGACCACUAGAAGUGCCAAGAAACAAAAAGCAUGGAAAAGUGUUUUAAAUGACAAGGAUCUUUCAAACAUAGAAUGGUGGAAGGAGAGGCUGCAGAUAUGCCGGAAGCCUUCUACUGUCCAGCUGGUUAAAAAGAUAUCAUAUUCCAAUUUGCUGGGCUUGGAUGUCAACUUGAAAAAUGGAAAACUAAAGGAAGGAAAUCUUAAUUGGGAAAUGUUACAAUUCAAGUCAAAGUUUCCACGGGAAGUAUUGCUUUGCCGAGUUGGGGAGUUUUAUGAAGCCAUUGGAAUGGAUGCUUGCAUUCUUGUUGAAUAUGCCGGUUUAAAUCCUUUCGGUGGGUUGCGCUCAGAUAGCGUUCCGAGAGCUGGAUGCCCUGUUGUGAAUCUUCGACAAACUCUGGAUGAUUUGACUCGUAAUGGGUUCUCAGUGUGCAUAGUGGAGGAAGUCCAGGGUCCAACACAAGCUCGUUCUCGUAAAGACCGCUUUAUAUCUGGGCAUGCUCAUCCAGGUAGUCCUUAUGUAUAUGGACUUGUUGCAGUUGACCAUGAUCUUGACUUUCCAGAGCCAAUGCCUGUUGUUGGAAUAUCUCGCUCAGCAAGGGGUUAUUGCAUAACUUCGGUCUUUGAGACACUGAAGACAUAUUCUUCAGAGGAUGGUCUGACUGAAGAGGCCUUGGUUACUAAACUUCGCACUUGUCGCGACCACCAUCUAUUUCUUCAUAAAUCGUUGAAAAACAAUUCCUCAGGGACUUGCCGCUGGGGAGAGUUUGGGGAGGGUGGCCUCCUAUGGGGCGAAUGCAGUGCUAGACAUUUUGAAUGGAUUGAAGGAGAUCCAGUCACUGAGCUCUUGUUUAAGGUCAAGGAACUUUAUGGUCUUGAAGAGGCGGUUACAUUUAGAAAUGUUACAGUGUCUUCAGAAAAUAGACCACGUUCGUUGCACCUUGGGACUGCGACACAAAUAGGUGUGAUACCAACAGAAGGAAUACCUUGUUUAUUGAAAGUGUUACUUCCACCAGAUUGCAAAGGCCUACCUGUAUUGUAUAUCAGGGAUCUCCUUCUUAAUCCUCCUGCUUAUGAGAUUGCAACCAGAAUCCAAGCAACAUGCAAACUGAUGAGCCAAGUGGCAUGCUCCAUUCCUGGCUUUACUUGUGUUUCAUCUGCGAAGCUCGUGAAGCUGCUUGAACUGAGAGAGGCCAAUCAUAUCGAGUUUUGUAGGAUAAAAGAUGUGCUUGAUGAAAUAUUGCACAUGUACAGAAACUCUGAGCUUAAUGAGAUCCUGAAAUUGCUGAUGGAUCCUACAUGGGUGGCAACUGGCUUAAAGAUUGACUUUGAGACAUUAAUUGACGAAUGUGAAUGGGCGUCAGGUAGAAUUUGUGAAUUGAUCUCACUAGAAGGUGAACAUGAUCAAAAGAUAUGUUCCUCACCUAUUGUUCCCAGGGAAUUUUUUGAGGAUAUGGAAUCUUUGUGGAAAGGCCGUGUGAAGAGGAUCCAUAUAGAGGAAGAAUUUGCAGAAGCAGAGAGGGCAGCCAAGGCUUUAUCUUUAGCUGUUACUGAAGAUUUCUUACCUAUCAUUUCAAGAAUAAAGGCCACCACGGCCCCCCUUGGUGGUCCAAAAGGAGAAAUAUUAUAUGCUCGGGAACACGAAUCUGUUUGGUUUAAGGGGAGACGAUUCAUACCUUCUGUAUGGGCUGGCACCCAAGGGGAAGAACAAAUUAAACAGCUCAAACCUGCUAUAGAUUCGAAAGGUAAAAGAGUCGGAGAGGAAUGGUUCACCACCAAGAAGGUGGAGGAUGCUUUGAUCAGGUACCAUGAGGCAGGUGAGAAGGCAAAAGCGAGGGUUUGGGAGUUGUUGCGGGGACUUUCUGCGGAGUUGCAAACUAAAAUUAAUAUCCUUGUUUUUGCUUCCAUGUUGCUUGUUAUUGCGAAGGCAUUGUUUGCUCAUGUGAGUGAAGGAAGAAGAAGAAAAUGGGUUUUUCCUGCACUGACUGGGUUUGAGAAGUCCAAGGAUGUAAAAUCAUUGGAUGGAGCAAAUGGGAUGAAAUUAGUUGGUCUAUCUCCGUAUUGGUUUGAUGUAGCGGAAGGCAGCGCUGUACAUAACACAGUAGAUAUGCAAUCAUUAUUCCUUUUGACCGGACCCAAUGGGGGUGGUAAAUCUAGUUUGCUUCGGUCAAUUUGUGCGGCUGCAUUGCUUGGAAUAUGUGGAUUUAUGGUGCCUGCAGAGUCAGCUGUGAUACCUCAUCUUGAUUCUAUUAUGCUUCAUAUGAAAUCCUAUGAUAGUCCUGCAGAUGGAAAAAGUUCAUUUCAGGUAGAAAUGUCUGAGAUGCGGUCCAUUAUUACUGGAGCUUCAUCAAAAAGCCUUGUGCUUAUAGAUGAAAUAUGUCGAGGGACAGAAACAGCGAAAGGGACUUGCAUUGCUGGUAGCAUUGUCGAAACUCUUGAUAAGAUUGGUUGUCUGGGCAUCAUAUCGACUCACUUGCAUGGAAUUUUCUCUUUGCCUCUAAAAACGAAGAAUACUACACAUAAAGCAAUGGGAACAGAAUGUGUAGAUGGACAUACAAAACCAACUUGGAAGUUGAUAGAUGGCGUUUGUAGAGAAAGCCUUGCUUUUGAAACAGGCAGGAGGGAAGGACUCCCUGAAACAGUAAUUCAAAGAGCUGAAGAACUAUAUUUUUCAGUUUUCUCAAAAAAAGAGCUUUCAGGAAAAAUUGACACGAGCGUGGUAGACUUCUGUUCUGAUAUUGGUUGUAAUGGUUAUGGUUCUGAGAGUUGCCAUUCUCUACCAAGUUCGACUUUCAGGGAAGCUGGCUGUAAACUAAGUCACUCAACUAACUCCACUGAAGUGUUGCAGAAAGAAGUUGAGAAUGCCAUUGUCACCAUAUGUCAGAAGAAGCUGAUUGAGCUCUAUAAACCAACAAACACAUCGAAACUUGCAUUGGUACAGUGUGUUAUCAUUGCUGCGAGGGAGCAGCCACCUCCAUCAACAAUAGGUGCUUCAAGUGUCUACAUAAUGUUGAGACCUGACAAGAAGUUAUACGUUGGACAGACGGAUGAUCUUGAGGGAAGAAUACGAGCCCAUCGAUCCAAGGAAGGGAUGCAGAAUGCCACUUUUAUUUACUUUCUAUUGCCAGGGAAGAGCUUGGCUUGCCAAAUGGAAACACUUCUCAUCAACCAGCUCCCUGAUAAAGGCUUUCAUUUGGCCAAUGUGGCUGAUGGUAAGCAUCGACAUUUUGGCACAUCCAAUAUCUCUUUAGACACCAUGACUGUUCGUUGAUGAAUUGAUCGUUUCAUUCAUCUACGCUUUUGUACAAACUGCUUAGCUAAUCACCAGAGCGAGAAAGAGCUGGGUGUCUUUCACUUGUAUGUAAGAUAACGAAACAAUUGUAGAGAGAUGGAAAUUUAGAUACCAGUGGCUGCAGCGAUUUUGUUUUUGAUUGUCAGUUGCUCCACUUGCAGUAAUGUCAUUGACCUGGCGGAUAGGAAAUAUUUGGUUGUAUCUAUCAAGUGGCUGAUAAUGCUUCUAUAUUAGCUUAUACUUCUUGUU